AGGCUUGAAGGGGGCGGAGCUUCACUCGAUAACAGGCCAAAAGACUUUUCCAGGGCCGGGCGAGUCGCGGGGGGAUCGCCUAAACGGGUCCGCGGGAGCAAAGGUGAGAGGUAAAGCAGGGAGCCUUUCGAGAUCGCUGCUCCUCGGAGAGAAGGCGUUGGGCGUCCCAGCACUAAAGCCUACAGCCUGUUCCGUGGGGCCAGGUCUCGAUGUGCCAAGGUGUGCCAGCCUCCAGGAGAGCUCAUGCAGAUGAAUGCUUCCUGAUGUUUCUGCUACCAUUGUCUAUGUCCCCAGGGUCUCCGCCACCCCAGGAGACCCUCCAAGACCAGCAGCAUUCUCCUGGUGUGCAGCCUGCAGAUGUGGAGGAAGUUGUCGAGAAGGGUGUGCAGAUCCUUGUCAUUGGCCGAGGGAUGAGUGAGGCCUUGAAGGUACCCCCAUCAACCGUGGAAUACCUCAAGAAAAAAGGCAUUGAUGUGCGGGUCCUCCAGACAGAGCAGGCAGUGAAGGAGUAUAAUGCCUUGGUUACCCAAGGCAUCAGGGUGGGAGGGGUCUUCCAUUCCACCUGCUGAUGGAGCCUUAAGAGAAUAAAUCACUAAGCAAUGA